AUGUCCCCAUCCAUUGACCCAGCAAUCCUGCGUGCCCUCAACCUGAACGCAUCCUCGUCCAAGAUCUCCACCCACGGCGGCUCAGGCUUUGCGUCGACAUUCCGCAUCACAACGCCCACCACGUCGAUAUUCGUCAAGCAGUCGCAGUCAUCGGGCGCGAAGGUGAUGUUUCAAGGCGAACAUGCUUCUCUGAACGCUAUGCACGGGGCAGUACCGAGCCUCUGCCCGCAGUCCUUCGCCUGGGGCAGCCUCGAAAACAACGGCGGAUACUUCCUUGCCACGGAGUUCUUGGACCUCAGCGCCUCAUCGUCGAGGACAAAAGCUGGCGCUCGUGCUGGAACAGGGAGCGGUAUGUCCCUCGCUGAGAAACUCGCCAAGCUACACACCACGCCGGCACCCAUACCGGAGGGAUUCGACUCGCCUCAAUUCGGAUUCCCCGUCACGACGUGCUGCGGGGACACGCCUCAGGACAACACCUUCACGUCCUCGUGGGCCGAGUUCUUCAGCCAGAGGAGACUCCUCGCCAUCCUCGAGCGAGGUGAGAAGACGAACGGUGGGGACCCCGAGCUGCGCACGCUUGUCGAGCGCACCGUCAACGAAGUGGUCCCCAGACUGCUUGGGGACGGGCACCUCGGCGGCAAAGAGGGCAUCAAACCAGCCAUCGUGCACGGGGAUCUGUGGUCGGGUAAUAAAUCCAAGGGCUUCUUCGUCGGUCGAGGUGGCGACACCUCGCCUGACGAACCUGGUCCCGUGGAGGACGUCGUCUUUGACCCCUCAUCAUGUUAUGCACACCAUGAGUUCGAUUUUGGCAUCAUGAACAUGUUUGGCGGGUUUAGUGGCCCGUUCUGGAAGGAGUACCAUGCUAUUGUUCCCAAGACGGAGCCGGCAGCGGAAUAUGAGGAUAGAGUGGCGCUGUAUGAGAGCUAUCACCAUCUCAACCAUUUCGCUAUCUUUGGCGGUGGUUACGCGUCUGGAGCCAAGCGAAUGCUGAAGGGAUUGCUCAAGAACUACGGCGACUGA